AUGAUGUUUUUAGUGGAAGAGGAAGAGUCUGUUAAAGAAAUGCAAGAACCUGUCUUUGUCGAGAGAUUGAGCAAGUUGUUGAUGAUGAGUGUGAAUCAUAGGCUUAAUGUUGUUAAACUUAACGAGUUAAAGAGAAAUCUCGGGUUCCCUGAUGAUUAUUUGAUUAGGAUUUUGCCCAAAUACCCUGAUAUGUUUAGGCUUGUUAAUCAUAGUGGGAGAAGGAGUUCAAUGGAGAUUGAACUUUUAUCAUGGAACCCUGAUUUGGCAAUUUCUGCUGUUGAAGUUUCGGCUAGAAAACAGGGUUCUUCUACGCCUUCUUUUAGUUGUUCUUUGCCUUCCACUUGGGUUAAAUCAUGGGAAAGGUUUCAUGAAUUCAAUGCUACUCCUUAUAUUUCUCCUUAUGUGGAUUCGAGAGGUUUAUUGGAAGAUUCGAAGGAGAUGGAGAAAAGAAUAGUGGGUUUAGUGCACGAGUUGCUGUCAUUGACAUUAUGGAAGAAGAUGUCAAUUGUGAAACUGGGUCAUUUUCAACGGGAGUUUAAUUUAUCCGAGAAUCUGAAUAUUUUGCUUCUUAAGCAUCCAGGCAUAUUUUACGUGUCGAAUAAGUAUCAGAUUUAUACUGUUCUUCUUAGAGAAGGGUAUAAUGGAUCAGAAUUGAUUGAUAAGGAUCCAAUUGUUGUCGUGAAGGAUAAAUUUGGGGAAUUGAUGCAGGAAGGGCUCCAUGAAUAUAACCAGAGGCGCCAUGAACUGAAUAUAGAAAAGCAGAAGAAGAAAGGCAUUGUUUCUGAAAGGAAAGAGAAAAGGAAGGAUGUAAGCAAUGAAAUGACCGAACAUGAUGAUAGUGGUGAUAAGCUGGGUGGUUUGUUCGACCCUGAAGAAAGAAAACGGUUUUAUAAAGUCCUUUUUGAUGAUGAUGCACCGUGA